AGCAGCAGCAGUAGUAAGAGGGAGAGUAGUGUACUGGUACUAGUACUUCUCUGCAUCACGUUUUCUAAUUCCCCGGAUGCACACGGUCAAAUCUAACGCUCCAGAUGAUGAAAUCUCCGACUGGGUUCUUUCCAACUAAUGGGGUUGUGCCACGUAUGAUGGGAUUCUGGUGGGUUUUGUGCGAGUGUGUAGAGGGGAAUAUUACCAUGUCUUAGAGGGAACAAGAGAGAGUGAUGUGAAUAAGGCCAACCUUGUAGAGAGAGAAAGGAAGAAGAGAAGCAGAAGAAGCUGAGAGAAGUGUAACCGUUUUGUUUCUUACCAUCUGAGGAACCGAGGGAAUCUUUUGUUUUUUUCUUGGUGGGUUUAAGAUUAAAAGGAAGAGGAGAGGAGGAGGAAAUGUUGUUGGGUUUUUCUUGGUGUUGUGGGAAAACUAAGUUAAGUGCGAUCUGCCAUGCCAAAGAGGUUUUAGAGGAAAACGGGACAUGAUUGUUUUGGUGAGGACAUGCUUGAGCCAAGGGAAACUGAUAUACCAGCUUUGUUUCUGGUCUUUGUUGUGCUUCCCCUGGUUGCAUAUAUCUUGCUAGGAAAAUGGAGCGAGUCAACGAAAAAAAAAGAGAGGGUUAGUUUGCUUACUCAACAGGCAGCUGAAGAAUCUCUUAGAGUUGAAGCAAUGACUGCUACUACUGUUGCCCCUGUGUUAUGCUUGCCAAACAAUUCGACUCAUCAGUGUGCAAGAUGCUUUGGUCAAAGUACAACUCGCUGUAAACGGUGCAAGUCUGUUUGGUACUGUUCCGGAAAGUGUCAGAUUAUUCAUUGGAGGGAAGUGCACAAGCAUGAGUGCCAGGAAUUGGAUAGCAAUUGCAGCAUUUCAUCUCCUAAACUCACCCUAGCCAAUGAGUUUCCUGGUGGAGUAUCACUUGAUGGCAGUGUAGAUUUCCAAUCCUUUGAGUACAAUAACAACCAACCUAUGCUUGAAGAAACUCCUUCAGGGAAUACUAGUUGUUCUCCCUUGCUGCCCAUAGCUGUUACAGCUUGUGCGGAAGUGGAUACAUCUGGGACCCCUUUGACAGAGAGAAGAUCCGUGGACAAGCGACCUUCUUGUAAAAGCAACAGAGAAACGUUAAAUAAUGGUCUUGAGCACCUACCAGAUUGCUCUGAUAGAGCAAAUCCUAAUGGGGUUUCUUGUUCACCCUUGUCUUGUAAUAUGCCGGUGAAGGAAGCUUCUAUGGGACACAAGUCAAGAGAAAGUGAUUCUUUGCUAGACCAUGAUGUCAGCAUUCCUAUGGGAGUGAGCUAUGGAAAUGCAAAUGCAAAUGCAAGAAGCACACAGGAAGAACAUCAUAUGAUUCGACGACAGAGCAAGCAUAUUUCUGACAUGAGAAAUAAUUAUGCCACCUCAAACUCGUCAAAUAAUGAAACGAGUUUAUGUAAUACUCCCUAUUCAAUGAAUGGAGAAAACUUGCAGAAGAAGGAAACUACAUCUCAUGAUGAAGUAGCAGAGGCUUGUUGUUCAACUCAAAGGGCUACAAAUAAGAGAAGCAAUAAGGCUAGAAGUGCAUCUCAAUCUCCAAAGCUCCAUAAAUCACCAAAAUCAGUGAUUAAAGCGUCCAGAGAACAAACAUGUUCAGAUCUGGAUCUUAAGGGUGUAACAGCGUAUGAGUCUAAAAUUAAUCGAACAAAGGAUGCUGGCCCUUCACAAGGAAGUAAUGGUGUUACUGGCAUGGGAAUUAUGAAGAUGAUUGGCUUCAUGAAGCCUUCAAAACUUGAGAGACUAGAGACUUCAGAAGUAAAUUCUGACCAGCAUAAGAAAGUUAAGAUGCUAUUUCCGUAUGAAGAUUUUGUGAAGUUCUUUCAGUAUGAAGUUUUCAACAUGUCUCCAAGAGGUCUUAUAAAUUGUGGAAACAGUUGUUAUGCCAAUGCUGUAUUGCAGUGUCUGACCUGCACAAAGCCUCUCCUUGUGUUUCUGCUUCAGAGAUUGCAUUCUAGAGCUUCUUGUAUCAGAGAUUGGUGCCUCAUGUGUGAACUUGAGCAACAUGUAAUGAAGUUAAGAGAAAGUGGAGAUCCAAUUUCUCCAAGCAGGAUCCUAUCACACAUACGUGGUAUCAAUUGCCAGAUUGGUGAUGGAAGUCAAGAAGAUGCUCAUGAAUUUUUGCGGCUUCUUAUUGCAUCAAUGCAAUCGAUAUGCUUGGAAGGAUUAGGCGGUGAGAAUGUGGUUGAUCCCAGAUUGCAGGAAACAACUUUUGUACAACAUACAUUCGGUGGGCGCCUGAGAUCAAAGGUGAAAUGUUUAAGAUGUCAUCAUGAGUCUGAGAGGUCAGAGAACAUAAUGGAUCUGACACUGGAGAUAUUUGGUUGGGUGCAGUCUUUGGAAGAUGCAUUAACGCAAUUUACAAGUCCAGAAGAACUUGAUGGAGAAAAUAUGUAUAGAUGUGGCAGGUGCGCCGCCUAUGUUCGAGCUCGAAAGCAAUUGAGCAUACAGGAGGCUCCAAAUAUACUAACUAUUGUGUUGAAGAGAUUUCAGGAAGGCCGUUAUGGGAAGAUAAAUAAAUGUAUCACUUUCCCGGAUAUGCUAGAUAUGGUCCCUUUUAUGACUGGGACAGAUGACAUACCUCCACUUUACAUGCUUUAUGCUGUUGUUGUGCACCUGGAUACACUAAAUGCAUCCUUUUCUGGGCACUAUAUCACAUAUAUCAAAGAUCUGCAAGGAAAUUGGUUCAGGAUUGACGACACUGAGGUAAAUCCCUAUCAUCUUAGUGUAAUUAUUAUCAGGAGUAUCCGAUACAAUUGACUGAUAUGAUGAUUGGAUGAUGCAUUAUGGAGCUGAAGUAGCUGCGAUUUUGUUCUGCCGUCUGAUUGGAAAAUGACAAGUUUGAAUUUUAUACCCCUCUCCCUUCCUUUCUUGAGUAGUUGUAGAAAAAAGAUUCCUUCUUCAGAAUGCUUGCUAAUAAUUGCUUUAGGUGCUCCAAAAUCCUAGGUUUACUGUGUAGCUAUACCAUUCAAAUGCAGAAUUGUUACUUCCUGAACUCGAAUCUGUGUUUAAGAGAAUAAAUGCUGUUUUUCUUCUUUUGUGCUAUACUUCUGCUUUUACUGGACAAUUUUAGAUCUUUUGGAUCAUUUAGAGGUCUCCACUCUGAAGUAUCUGUCUUUCUUUCAUAUUUUUAUUUUUUAAAUUAUUAUCUCAAACUUUUUGACUUCCAUCUUAAAUGUCUUCAUUAUUUUGUCAAAGUCUUCUCAUUGUCUCAUGUAUUCUUCAUUUAUCAUCUUAAAUAGUUUCUGCCCUUUGUCAUGAUCUUCUAAUGAUCUUAUAUGUGUUCUGUCCUCCAUGUCAUGCUAAAAUGGCAGG